UUUACAGACGAAUCUUUUGUGAAUGGUCUGAAGAAUAUGAUAAUUAUUCUCAUUUCAUGUACAGACGAUCCCCUCGACAUGACUGAUGUCUAUGGAUAUGAUAGAUGUAUUCAGCAGUCUUAUCAAAUGUUAUCGACUCAAGACUCAAACCGAAGCCCACGGCACACACAAUCCGGCGUAGGCUAUGCGAGAGGCCGCAUUCAACAACCUGUUGCAAGAAUGCAUCUUCCUCAUCUCUCCUCUACUGGAGGACUCGCUUGCGGCUCGUCACCAUUUAAUGAUGAUCUCUCACCGGUGGCCAAUUCAUCUUUCCACCCACACUGUAUGCCAGGCAGCCCUCAUCGUCCUUACUUACAUAGUGCCCUCAGUGAUACUAGCUGGCCCGUUGUGCAACCAGUCUUCAUGCCAGUGGACACAAACCAAAUUCGUUUUCAAAGUAGAUGCCACCACCAUCCAUCGCCUUGCCAUAUGAGCGUGUGUAGUUGCUGUGAUCAUCUCAGCCCGUAUGGCUGCUCUGCUUUCGCUAAACGAUCACGCCUCGAAGGAGGAAGGCAGCUUAUUCCGAUCGAGACUGGAGUUCCAAGUCAUGUGAUAAAUGUGAGAGCACAAAACUCGCACGUGGACCCAAAAUUGCCAUUGAGAUCUCCACAGACACGCAGACCCCCAGACUCUCCUCCACCUCUCGUGAAAAUUUCUCCGACUAUCAUCCAUAAGAAGACACCAGGGACACAUUCGAUACCUGAAACACGAAAAACAUUGCACUCGAGAGGUUCUUCAGUUAUUGCAACCAGAAAUGUCGAAUCAGUCCAAAGACACGACAGCCUCAAAGAUAGAAUUGAUAGUUCUGGGGCGUACUCUAUUGCGUUAAGAGAUUUUUCAUCCACAUUGCGUAAAAUUGGUCCGCAUAGCCUCCCUAAGAAUUACUCUAAGCUUUCAAAAUUUGACACAGAGAGUGUUCCGGAGUCAAAAAGCAAUACGAAUUGUAAGAAAUUCAAGAAAGAGGAGGUUGAAUGUGAGCAAUGCCAUACUUCGGCGCACCAUGAAAACCCGAAGGACGAAUUCGUGCUACCACACCAGGCAGAAAUAGAUUACAUUGAAAAUCAUGAUAGGUGUUUUGGACUCAAGAUGGGGCCAAACGAAACUAUAAAGCACUUUCUUUCUACUAAAGUUGGCGAGGACACCCAAGACUUCAAUCAAACACGAAAUGAAGAACUACAACAGAACUAUAGAAAACGAUCGCUUGCAAAAUACCGUGAGCAAUUUUAUAUUGCAUGUGAGUGCUCCCAAACCUAUCAACCUUAUUGUUAUGAUGGGAAUUUAGAACGAAAUCAACUUGUUCAACGUAUACCAGUGAAAACGACGCGGCGGAAAUCUGUAAUUCGUCAUCACCAAACCACCAUUCCAACCUCCUCAGAUCAAAAGGAAGAACCCCAAGUCAACGCAACAAGGAAAUGUUAUUGCUAUGAAAGCAGCAAUCCAGAAAAUCAAGAGUUCAAGGAGCGCCCAGUUGUUUCACCCACGGAGCGAGUGAUAUGCAACACAGAGUUUUCCAACCAUUUAGAAUGCGAUCAAAAGUUUAUAACUAAGGCUGUGAAUAAAAUUGGUCGAUGCUACCCCAUAUCAAGAGAAGACAGCCAUCAGAAGUUCGACGAUGCCUCCAACAGGUCGGAAGCCUUAUACUCGAGAUUGCCCGAAUCAAACGUUCCGCAAUUACGUCGUGGGAGACCUCGAACUCGAGGUAUUAAGGAUAAAGGUCCCAUCUACGAUGGAAGUCUGACUUUCGGUACUUUCAACAACCAGUCUCGUCUGAAAGUAAUCACAUCGGGUGAUAUACCUAAGUUAAAUCGCAACCGAGAAGAUCCGUAUGAUGAAGUGUUUUAUGAACCAUCCUGUGCUGACAUGAAUAACAAUGACACGAUCGCGCCAGACGACAGCCGAUAUCGAUCAGCUGCGUCUGAAAAUCACUCAAACACGAACACUAGACUUCUAAUAAAUGGACACCAAACAAGAAAGAAAUUUGCAUUUCUGGGUCAGACUAAGCAAGAAAUGUACGCCAAGGAACCUCUGGAUGGAAACACAAAUGCCAAGAUCGCAUCUUCUCGUGAAUACAGCAACGAAUAUGGUCCACAGCGGAGAGACUCACUGACGCAUUAUCACGAGGCAUCCGGAGACAACUGUCAGAAAUCCCCGUCUGCCUUAAAUGACCAGACUUAUUACGUCAGUGUCUCACGCCCAGGGAUAAAAAGAAGUCCAUCUACACCUUGCUAUGGUUCUUCAAGGUUUGUUAUGAGUCUUAAUGAUUUACUGAAACGCAGGACGAAAUCAGCAGAAGAACUUUAUCGAACAAAGAGUUUCCCGUUCUAUAGUAAACAGAGGCAAGAUAACCUACAAUUUGAAAAUAGUCCAAAUGAAGCCCACAAUUCACAUAGCAAAGAAGAAAUCGAAGAGGUAGCAAAGGCAAACGGCAGGUGGGGCUCCAAAGCUCCUGAAAAAAAUCGAAGCGCAGAAAACUUUCACUGCUCUGUGGACCAAAGUGACGUGAUGGAAUUUGGAAAGAAGGGACCAAAAGCUCUGCAUACAAUUGGAACAAAAGAAGAAACGAGACUGCCAUCGACUAUUAGAUUACCCACGACCAAACGGGAGCAAGUCAAGUGCCAUGAUUUUAAAGCUAAAGCAACCAAUAGCCAAGAAAACAAAGUUUCCAUUGAUGUAGGAAAGAGGUGUCAAUCUCCAGACAGUUCUAUGUUACCAACGGAUUGUCCUAUGUCAGAAGCAGUACCACCUCCACCCGCUGAAGAGGAAACUAACGGCAUGAACGAAAGUUGCGGUGGUUAUGCAAUAGACCAUAGUUUUCUUCCCAAAAUUGUGGCCGUACAUUCUAUUGCCAAUCGAGAUGAUACGCCUCGGAAAAGCGAUCCCAAGAUAUUCUCUGAGAACAAUAAGAAAUAUUGGAACGAUCUUCUUAAGAAACUCACCUUUGAGAUAAGCAAUGGUUAUGAAGACACUCAGUCACUAAAGGAGCCUAUUGAAAGGACCCCUGCAUCACACCAUAAAAGGAACAGCUGCAGUAGUCUCCUAGAGGAGAGCAAAGUUCAUGAUUCUCAAUAUGAAUCUUCCCCGAAGGACGGUGUUGCCUUUCUUCGCAAUGUGGACUCGAGCAAUUUAUGCGGGGUCAAGAUGAAUAAUGGCAGUGCUCAGCGCAAUAUGGACCACUGUCACGUAUCGUCAUCCCAAAAUCUGACAUUACAAGUUCCAAGUCCGUUACCUAUCGUUGAAUCUGAGGCGAAAAAAACUUCGUUACCGCGUAAAAAACAAACCGUCGCGGAAUUGAGCCAGAAAAUCUUGACUACUCGCGAGAGGAUCAAGCAGGAGACAAUUGCCUGGAAAAAGAAACUUCUUUAUAGCUUGGAAGCUAUAUUUAUCAAAAAAUUACGAAAACUUGAGAAGGAAACCGGUGAGAAAGCCGAAAUUUCCAUUGAAGAAGCAAUGACUAAGGAGGAGUCGAAAGAAAAGAAAAAUGGAACCAAAGAGAAACGACAAAUCCAUGGUGAAAAGGAGAAGAUCUCUGAACCAUGUUACAAGCAAACUACGAAAAAGAAACUGUAAACAGUUAGUGAAAUAUCAAAGUAAUUUUGUUCCCUACAUUAUUUGCACAAACACUCGUUUACGUUUCACAAAACUAAUACCCCUUUUGACACCAGCAAAACAUGUUUAGUUAAACUGGGUUUAUCUGAAUGAAAAUCAGAAACAGAACUGAAAAUUGAAUUUUCCGUAGGGCUCAAGUAGUCACUGACUUGUAGUUUCAAUGUGCUAGAUUUGAAGUGGACGAGUAUCGUUUUAAGCGGCUCCCAUGAAGGAAACAGAUCUAUCAUUCAAAUUACGCACGUUUUAAAAAACAGCUUUAAUGACAUAGUUACCCUUUGGUGUGUGUGCGGUAAAAGGUCCUGAAUUUUUAUUUGAAUCUUUUUUAACCCUUGAACUCCCAAGUUCUGACUGAUAAUUCUCCCCACUAGCUGCUUCAAGUUUCCUUGUAAAUAAAUGACCAGAAUUUGGAGAUAGAUCAAUUAUGAUAACAACUCUUACCUGAUAAGUUUGCGUAUUCUCAUUACAUUUUCCCUAUAAUGUUUGGAUUUUUUUCAGGGAGAAGUUAUACGUUAAUCACUUCUGGGAGUCAAAGAGUUCAUGCUUUAACCUCCCUCCUAUAUGAAUAUGGCCUUUUCUUAAGGACUUUUAUUUCAUAAUUUUUUUGAAUUAGCAUAGCCCAGCUUUUUAUACUGUAUAAGUUAUCUCAAUCUACAGUUUCGACCGCAUUUCACAAGCGGUAGUUUUGGACGAGACGUUGCUCAGAUCGAGUCUAACUACGAAAGAAGUUAUGAAAAAUGGCGACCUACUGAUAGCUCUUUUUGCAUCACUAGAUAUCAAAACUAUAUCAAAUUUCUAUUUAGCUUCGGCUCGAGUUGAACAUAGAUUGAGCUUUCAUGA